AUGUUCACAACACCAUCACGAGCGAGGGAUGCAAGGUCAUCGACGCCGCUCGCUGGGGCUGGUGUCGGCGCAUCUCGCUCCGUCAAUCGAUCUUCACGUGCUGGGACACCCGUCUUUGGCGCUCAAGAUCCUCUCUCACCUCCCUCCUUUCUUUCACAAAACACAUAUCGACGCGGCGACACCAACAACACGACCGAUGCUGGGGACGUGUCAUCCGGCUCGCUUUUUCUGGGCGGCAACACGAGGGCCCGCACGACUCGAGCGCGACCCCGUCCGUCUUCCAUGCUAGCUGCUCCUGGUCCCAACGUUUCGCUCCUCAGCCCUGGCAACGCAUACGACAGAGAGGGGUCCGUGAUCAGCGACGACGCUGACAUGCGUUCUGUUGCCGAAUCAACCUACUCUGCCUCCCACGCUGGAUUCGGCCGACGUCCACCGGUCGCGACCAAGGAUGCGAAGGCGCAGCUCGAGGAAGGCACCGUCCUGCUGGGAGACCAGUGGAUGCACGUGUCCACCUACUCGAAGCUGCCGACUGAGGUGCCGGAGGUGCUCAGCGACGCAGAUCUCUAUAUCGACGCUUUCCAAGGUCAUCUCGACGUACAGACCGGAUAUGCUUGUCUCGUUUCUCGCAGCCAGUGCUUCGUAUGGAACUACUCGAGCCGGGGCAUCGGCACUGGUUCGCCUACAUGCUUCGUGUUCCCCGUCCCUCAGUAUGCCUCCUCAAGUAUGACAGCUAUCAACGAUCUUGCACACUGCUGCUUCCUCCCUCGUGGCUCGAACAGGGAGCCUGCGCUGCUGCUCGUAGCUCCCGAUGGUCAGAUCUGCCUCUGGGAAGGCAUCUCGUCGUCGCUGACACGUCAAGAUCGUGCGCAGCGCAUCUCGGCGCCGCUCUCUUCGGCGUCUGAGACCAUCGUUCAGCUGCAACGUGUCGACGAGUCGACCGUCGUGCUGGCGACCAGCCAGUCUCGCCUGCUGCGCGUGUCGGUGGGCAGCAGAGCCGGCGUGCUCCAGGCCGAGGUUCGACCGUUCUCCCAACAGCGCGGUCUGCUCGGCCGCCUCUUCGGGUCGAGUUCCGCCAUGGGCUCCUCGAACGACCAGAUCACCUCCAUCGCCGUAUCGCCCGUGCAACCCGGCAAGCAGGGUCGCGAGAUCUACGCGAUCCGCAGAAAGACGCUGCAAAAGUGGCAGGUGCUCGAUCAAGGCGGCGAGCGUCUGCUCGCUGAACAGGACAUCCAGCAGGUCGUGGCCAGCAGCGUGCUGCAGCUGAGCGAGGAGCGGUACAGUGCGGCUCAGAGCCUCUCUUUCGACAUUCUCGAUGGCGCUGUGCAGUCGGACGGCCGGCUCGUGCUGCUGUAUUCGCAGGCAAAGACCGAACGCGAGCCGCUCAACUUUGGCUUGGCUAUCAUCGACGCUGUCAAGGAUACGAGCUCGUUUGUCGUGGCUUCCCUUCUCGCCAUCGACUACUCGAGCUUCGCCGACCCACGUCCGUACGCCACACCGACGCUCAGCCUGCCCAAUGGCGGACCGGCAACCUUCAUCUGCUUCGCCGACACUGUGGUUGCCAAGCAGCUCGAGUCCGGCUGCGAAACCUUUGAAGAAAUCAUCAAGCUCAAGGACGACGUCAAGAACCGCUUCAUCGGCUCGGGCUGCGACACCGUCCACCUGCACCCCACCAACGCCGUCGCCGCGCUCUCGCUCAUCUCAGCCACGUCGGGCUCGCUGCUGAUCGAAACGAAUAUCGGCGAGAUCCGCAACCGGUGCACAGCGUACACGACCUCCGCCGACCGCCAGCGCGCCGACACCGAACGGCUCAAGGGCAAGCUCGAACAGGCGCUCUACUACUCUGAGUCGCCACUCAAUCCUCUGACGUUUGCACUACCGGGACAGCUGCAGGGAACCCUCAUGACGGCGUGCGAGGAACUCAGUCGCGAGCUCCUCACGUUCAGCAACCCAAUCUCGCAAAGUGUGCCGCCCUCGGUGGAUUUGCGGGCGGCGCUCAAGGAUCGACUGGGAAAACUGCGGUUUUUGGUCAAAUUCGUCGCGGCAUGUGGUCAUUUGGAGAAGCUACCGCAGACGACGAAGCGACAGCUGCGGGCGGACGCGGAACUGGCGGCGGCGCUCAACGAGCUGUGGGUCUACCAGAACGAGUUCUAUUCCUCGUCGCAGGGCGCGCAGAGUCCGCUUGCGAAGGCGAUUGAAGCGGUCAUGGCUGAGCAAGGUUUGGCUGCUUCUGGCGAUGAUUUGGUUCGACGGUUUUUCCGACAUCACGCCGAUCUGACGACUCGUGUGCUCGAGAGGGUGUGGAGGCAGACCAAGAGCGUUUCGACCCAAGCGCUGCGUGUGCGCUCCAACGACGUGGUCGAGCUCAACCGCACCACCCUCUCUGCCUUCCGAGCUGCUCUGCGGUAUCGAAAAGAAAGCGGGCCGCUGUACGGUAUUUUGGACGCACCUACGGUGUUCGAACCCUGGACAGCCCAGACCGGAUCCGUGCAGCUGCUCGAGAGCCUUUUCUCGCUGACCGUCAACCUGAUUCCGGACCGAACGCGCGAGUUGGGUAGCAGCAUCGAUGCGCCCAGUACCGAGUUCUCGUCGGUGAGCGAAGAGGUCAAACGCGAGUAUCGCGUGCAGGUGGAGCUCAAGACUCAACUCGUUUCGCUGGCGGAAUUGGCGUUGGCGUGCUACACGGAGCGAUUGCGGUAUCUCGAGGCUGCACGGGACGAGGGGGUGGGGGAGAGGGAGUGGUCGGUUUUUGCGACAACGUAUCGCAGUGCGAGACCGCAGUUCAUUCGACCGCUGGUGAGCGUCGGGCGGUCCGAUCGGGCGUUUGGGCUUGCCGAGCAGUAUGCGGAUUACCGCACGCUGGUCGAGUUGUGUAUGGAGCCAGGAACGAGGAGCGAGGCGAGAACGGAGACGUAUUUGGAGCGCUAUGGGGAAGCCUUUGCGUUUGAACUCUACGAGUGGUACCUCGAACAGGGGCAAACGCGGACAUUGCUCAGUCAGAAGGAGGAGCAUGCGUCGCUCGUCAGCGCCUUCCUCUCCCAACCGGGACGAGACAGGUUGGGGUGGUUGCACGAUCUUCGAUUGCGCCAGUUCGACGUGGCCAGUGGCAAGCUGGAGCGUCUCGGUCUGGUCGAAGCCGAUCUAGCCCAGCGACGACUCAUGUUGAGUCUCGGCAAGUUGGGCUAUCUCUCGACGCUAGGCGUGGAAGAGCUGGGCAAGGUGGGGGUGCAAAAGCAGGUGGAGUUCUUCGAUGAUCGAUUGGAUCUCGUUGCAGUGCAGGAUUCGAUGGUUGCGUUGUGGGAGGAUUGUCUCCCGCAAGGAUUGCCUAUGGACCUUCCCAUCGCUGGGUCGACGGCCGGAGUGGCGCUAGCAGAGCAGGUGGUGGAUGUGACGGCGACUCGAUUGGCCGAAUACCCCGCGUAUCGACAGCACUAUGUGGGAUUGGUAGGAAGGUUGUUGUUGGACGGGCAGUAUUUGGGUCCGGAAGAUCUGAUUGAUCUGUUGACCUUGAAGGAUACACCCGAGCAUCAGUUGGAGGACCUAGCUACGGCGGUGAAGGUGCUCAUUCGGGCCAACGACAUUCCUGCAACCCGACGCAACGCCGCCCUCCGCGCUAUCUGGAAAAGAGCCAUUGUCAGGGACGACUGGUCCGCCCUCAGCGAGACGAACAACGUCUCGGAUGAGGUGCUCGAAGAAGACCUGCGCGCAACGGGGCUUCAUGCGGUCGUAAAGGAGGUCCUCAGCGAAGACAACAGCGAGGCUUGGCUGGACGUCAACGACCUAGCCCAGGAAGGAGCGGAUGCGAGGGUCGUGCUCGAGGCAAGGUUUGCGGGCGAACCGGAUCACUUUGUCGGGUUGUUGGCAGAGGAUGCGCAGAAGGAGACGAGGGCCGUGGCGAGCUUUUUGGAGGAUACGGAUUUGCCCCGGUUGGCGGACGAGGUGGCCAGUUUGGCUGCUAGGGAGGAGGGAGAAGGGGAAAUGGGGGAUGUUACGCUCAACGGGGCCGAGGCGGAGGAGAUGCUCAUCGAGUAA